CCACUGCCAGUAGCCGAGCCAGCUUUACAAGUGCCUGCCACAGAACCAGUGGCGACAGAACCUGUAGCACCUCUUCCUACAGCGUCUCUUCCUGUAGCGCCACUCCCCACAGAUUCAAUUCCUGAAGUGUCUGUACCGGUAGCACCUCUUCCUGUGCCAUCAAUCCCCACGGCGCCUCUACCAAUAGCAUCACUUCCUACAUCGUCUCUUCCCGUAACUUCUGUGCCAAUAGUGCCUCUUCCUGAGACAACGCUCCCCACAGCGCCUAUUCCUGUGGCAUCGAUUCCUACAGCG